GGAAAAAGUCUAUUGUUAUUAUCUUGUUAUUGCUAGUAGUAAAUCAACUUUUUGUGUCGCUUCUUUUUUUGCGAUUUUGUACCAGAGAAUGCCAGGCUUUUCAUUUGAAAAUGUUGAGAGAAAUCUAAAGCUCGAGAACCAGGGCUAUAAGCCGCCACGUGCGUUGAAAACGGGCACCACUAUUGUUGGUGUGGUCUUUAAGGAUGGCGUUGUUUUGGGUGCUGAUACCCGAGCCACAGAGGGUAAUAUCGUCGCUGACAAGCGUUGCCGCAAGAUACAUUACAUGGCACCCAACAUUAUGUGCUGCGGUGCCGGUACUGCUGCAGAUACGGAGUCGGUCACUAAUAUGGUUUCCUCACAGCUAUGUUUGCACAGGCUGGAAACGGGAAAGCAAAGCCGUGUGCACGAGGCGCUAACCUUACUCAAGCGACAUCUGUAUCAAUACCAAGGUUAUGUCAGCGCGGCACUGGUUCUUGGAGGGGUGGAUGUGGGGGGUCCCUACUUAGCAACUAUCGCACCACAUGGAAGCACGGACCGCCUUCCCUUUGUGAGCAUGGGCAGUGGCAGCCUUGCUGCUAUGGGGGCUCUUGAAGCUGGAUUCAAAGAUGGUAUGACGUGCGACGAGGCGAAGCAGCUAGUGGCGUCUGCCAUCCGUAAAGGUAUCUUCAAUGACCCUUAUAGUGGGACACAGGUGGAUAUCUGUGUGAUUACUAAAUAUAAGACAGAUUUGAUUAUUGGGUUUGACCAGCCAAACGAACGCAUGUAUCCUAAACAAGAAUACGCUUUCCCACCGGGCACCACACCCAUUUCGGUGGAAGAGAUUCGAAACUUGGUGAAUAUUGUGGAGGUAGAGUGA